UGUAGAUAUUAUAAAUAGAGAGAGGGGAGCGAGAAAUCCCUGUUCAUUUCACAAAAUUUUUUCUUCGCAAAUUCGUUUAGAGCUCUUCUUCUGAGGUCUCUGAGAGAGAGAGCUGCAGCGGCGAAAAAUCCUCUUCAAAGAUGGCACGUACGAAGCAAACUGCUCGAAAGUCCACCGGAGGCAAGGCUCCAAGGAAGCAGCUUGCCACCAAGGCUGCUCGCAAGUCAGCCCCAACUACUGGAGGCGUGAAAAAGCCCCACAGAUACCGACCUGGAACAGUUGCCCUCCGAGAAAUCCGCAAGUACCAGAAGAGCACUGAGCUCCUCAUCAGGAAGCUACCAUUCCAGAGGCUGGUUCGUGAAAUUGCGCAGGACUUCAAGACAGAUCUUCGGUUCCAGAGCCACGCGGUGUUGGCUUUGCAGGAGGCAGCGGAGGCUUACCUUGUUGGAUUGUUUGAAGACACCAAUCUCUGCGCUAUCCAUGCCAAGCGCGUUACCAUCAUGCCUAAGGAUAUCCAGCUUGCCAGGAGAAUCCGGGGUGAGAGGGCUUAAAGAAAAUAUAGAAAAACCAGACGGGGGAGUUUGAUUUUGUGGAAAUGGGUUUUCUUAUUGGUUUGUGUACCUUUUGGAACAUAUCAGUGUCAUUUGAAUCUUGAAUUUGAUAUUGGAUUGAUAAAUGUUUUUGUUUGGAGUUAAAAACUAUCAACUUACUACUGUGGUUUGUGCUAA